AUGAGAAUGUGGGAACCAAACUUUAAACCGUCCUCGGCCGUGUGUAGUUUGGUUACAGUAUGGGUUUGGCUCCCAAAACUCCCUUUUGAGUAUUAUGAGCUUGCUAUCCUGAAAGAGAUUGGUAAUGCUAUCAGCCCAAUUCUUAGGAUUGACGCCAAUACGGCCUCGGAGACGAAGGGUAGAUAUGCUAGGAUUUGCAUCCAAGUAGACAUCAACAUGCCUAUGGUAAGAAGAAUCCUAUUGGAAGGGGUGAUUCAAGAAGUCCAGUAUGAGGGGAUUUACUCUCUUUGUUUUUCAUGUGGCCGUGUUGGACAUCGGCAAGAAACCUACUUGUACAUGGUCCAAGUAAGCAGCCCCAAGCAGAGACAAGAGGAGGAAGGCGUGCAGAACAAAGGGGAAGGAAGUGGGACCAGUAGGCCCGCAUCCCAAAUAGAGGCAAAUUCAGAUGGAGGAGUGAAUAAGGAGUAUAGGCCAUGGAUGUUAGUAAGAAGAAAAAAGGUAGGGCCCAAAGUAGGAAAACCAUGUGCUUCUGUACCCUUUGCAAAUCAUGGGUCUGACUUAAGCACAAAGGUAAGCAGAGAAGCCCACAUGCCUCGAGCCAAUCACCACUCUCCUAGAAGUGACUUCAAGUCCCAUUGCAGGCCUGUUGACAGCAAAAGGAAAAAGGUUAGAAGAGAUCUCACAGAUGUUGCUUUGGAAAAUGGUGGGAAUUCCUCACAAGGCACAGCAUCUGGAGCCAUUGGUUCUCCUCAGGAUACCCCCUUGAAUCACUCUUCGGAUCACUCUCCCUCCUUUACUGCAGGGAGUGGGUUCCUCCCCAGUACCUCUGGCCUCAAGAUUAGUAAGAAUAAUUCAUCUGAAGGUGAAAAGUUGCCCGGUUCUUCUUCUGUGCGUAAAUCCAGUGGGAAGGGGUAG